UCGUGUGUUAUAAAUUUAAAAAGUAGAUAAUAUAUCAGUGCAAAAAAAAACAAUUUAAAGCAAAGUGCAAAGUAAAAUCAAGCAACAAUCAACUUAACAACGAGUCGAUUAUUUUGAACUGAAUUCAACAACCAACCAUUGCACUUCGAACCACCAAAACCACCUUGCAUCAGUUUUCAUUCGCAAGCACGGGCAAGGUCAUACAACGGUGCACUUAACUACACACUAGUGAUAGUAUUUCAGUUGAAGUACGUCGCAUUAGAAAAUACCUAUUUGUCUCUACAACUCGUUUCCGUUUGACAAGCCAUCAAAAUAGGUACUCGACUGCGCGAACACAACCUCAGUAAAGAUAACAACGAUAUGAUCUAUAUAGAUGACUCAGAACCUGAAGGUGAACUUGAACCAGCAUUUCCCUAUCGUGACGUGACCAUCAAACGUGGCGUCGAUGCGAAUGAAUUAUAUGAAGUGCUCGGUGAAGUGGGCAGAGGCAAAUUCGGCACCGUCUACAAAUGCCAGGAGAAGACAUCUGGCCUGAAGUUGGCCGCUAAAUUCGUGCCCAUCCCCAAGCGUGAAGAUCGUCGCAAUGUUGAGCGAGAAGUGGAAAUUAUGAAUUCCCUACAACAUCACCUCAUCAUACAAUUGUAUGCGGCGUAUGAGUAUCAGAAAAUGAUGUGCGUCGUGCUGGAAUUAAUCGAAGGCGGUGAACUGUUCGAUCGCGUGGUCGAUGAUGAAUUUGUGCUGACCGAACGUGUUUGUGUGGUAUUCAUACGUCAAGUUUGUGAAGCUAUGGAAUUUAUACAUCGCAAUAAUAUUUUACAUCUCGACUUGAAGCCAGAGAAUAUUUUGUGCCUAACACAAGAGGGAAAUCGUAUUAAAAUCAUCGAUUUCGGUUUGGCACGCAAAUAUGAUCCCAAUAAGCGAUUGCAGAUCCUAUUUGGUACACCCGAAUUUGUCGCACCCGAGGUUGUGAAUUUCGAUUGUAUUUCGUAUGCGACGGAUAUGUGGAGUGUUGGUGUGAUUUGUUAUGUUCUCAUCUCAGGUCUUUCGCCGUUCAUGGGUGAAACCGAUAUUGAAACUAUGGCCAAUGUAACGAUUGCAAAAUACGAUUUCGAAGAUGAAUCCUUUAGUAAUGUGUCGCCCGAGUGCUUGGAUUUUAUAGCUAAAUUGCUGGUAAAAGACUUGAGUACCCGCAUGACGGCCGCACAGUGUCUGGAGCACAAAUGGCUGCAACGUCGACCCAAACCACCAAAAAUACUCGUGGAAAAGCCGGCAAAUGUGCCGCCACUAAAAUUAAAAGCGGCCACACCCUCACCAGUGCCACCACAUGAAGAAGGAGAAGAAAAAGCGCAUAAACAAGAGCAAGCGGCCGUGAAAGCGGACAAAAUAGAGCAAGAAGAAGGGAAGAUAGAAAGAGAGGCAAUUAGAAAGCAAGCAGCCCUGACGCCAAGUGCGAACACGGCAGAGAUCAAGGAGCUCGACACUACCAAGGAUAAUUUAAAGAAUUUCAUCGAACGUUGGGAGGAACAUCCGAACAGUCCAUACGUUUUCGAUGUCGAAAGUAAUGUGAUUGCACCGCUCAGUGAGACAUCUUUUAAUAAGACACACGGCCCAGAGAGCAUUUCAUCGUCACGAGUUUGCUCCCCAUCGCCAUGCGAGUCGAUUGAGACGAUUAUCGACGAUGAUGUUUUCAGUAACGCCGACGCAGACAAUGGCAGUCCCAACUCACUAGCCACGCCUAUAAAUGAAUCACGCGAGAAGCUUUUCCCCAGCAGCGCCACGCUAGCCACAACAGCCAGCGGCGCUGCCGUCACACCGACCAGCACCACACCCACCCCACAACCGCCACUACAGUACGGACCGCAACACCUGCUCGGACGACGUGGCUACUGUGAUGAACUCAGCGGUAGCAGCACCAAUCUCAAUCAACAGGAGCGCAGCAUGAAGAGCUACUUGCAUACCUUCGACCGACGCAACUCGGAUACGAGUUAUCUGCUUGGACGACGCGCUUCGGGUGAGCGCGUGAAUUUAGCUGAAGAAAUACGAAAGUUGUCCGACCAUUUGCUAAUGUUGGCGGAAAUUAAUACAAAACUUGGCAAAGAGGCAAAACUCGAAGUGGAUCCGAACAAUAACAAGCAGAAGAAAACUAAAGUCAGUGGAGAGACGUCCAAGGGCAAAACGAGCGCAGCUGCUAAAGAAGCUGCGGCAAAGAAGGAAGCGACAACUGCUAAAGACACAAACGCCACGUCCGAAAGCAGGGAGCGCAUUACGAAAACAAGCACUAAAGUCUCUGGUAAUACAACAACAACGGCAACAUCUAGCACCACAACAAACUCCAGCACCAGAAAGUCCGCGGGCAAUGGUGUCAAAUCGAAAUUCAGCACGGUCUCUAUGCGCUUAGAGCAAUCGAUCGAAGAAACACCGAAACUAACCAAUGGCAGCGGUCCGAGUUUUGGUGUGCCCUGGAAGUCGACCAUCACUAGCAGCUCAACAAAAUCAAGCACGAAAACCUCUACGAAAGUAAUAGCGACGAAAGUGUCAACCAAACUGGCGCAAGACGAAGACAUACAGCAAACACACCAAAAACUACAACGACAAUCCCACGAAUCGGCGAGCAUGCGGCGCGCAAAAUUUCGCGUUAAUCAAAUGUCACGCGAUGUGCCGAUCGGUGUGCCGAACAUCCAUCAGGCGGUUAAUCUGGAAGAGGCGGCAAACACGACGAAAGAUUGCCUGCUGCAUCUGCUCGAGAAGUACAACGAGACGAAGGAGUGUCGUAACCCUAUGGCACGUCAUCAGAGCAUCAGCGUCGAUUGGAAUAUGAGCGACAAUCUGGAGUAUCGCUCCAUGAGCUCCAUCAAUGCGUUCUUCCAGCGGCACAAUAACACCGGCGAGAACGUGCGCCAACUGCAGGCGCAAUUGGAGAGUAAAACUGGCGUGACGGGGAGUCGCAAGUCGUCGGGCGGCGCUUGAAGAAGCGGCAGCUCGUAGCUGUCAGGUGGUCGCAUAUGCAGGUGCAGGCUGGCAUGCCACCACUGAUGAUGUACAUAUGCAUAUAUGUAGUACAUAUAAAUCUGUCAUCCAUUCUAGUCCUCAAACACUUUUUGU